AUGGAAACUUCCCAAGGAAAAGAACCAUUGAUGAGGUCCUCUGAAGCCAGCAAAACUGACCACCGAGACGUGGAAGCCCAUCAGGAAACCGAGCCAGUAUCCGAGUCCCUGACGACGAAAUAUUUACGAUCAUGGAAUGAACCAAUGUCACUCAUUUCUACAUGUUCGCUGCGUUGGCCUUUCGCGUAA